AGAUAAUUGUUCUUUAUGCAAUAUAACAUGCAAAGCUUAUAAUUGGUCUUUAUUGUAACAUAAAAAACCUGUUUUCUUCAUAUUUCUGCACCAUAAGCCUGGUAAUUAAUACACUGUGACAUGAUGACAUUCUGCAACAGUUAUAUUGUUUAAAUGUUCUUAAGUGUCACUUAAAACAAUUACUUAUUUAAGGUACAGAGAGCUGGAGGUUUUAUUGAGAAAAUAACAGACAGUUAAAUAUUGUUCUCCAAAUGGAAGCAGUGUGCAGCCAGAUUGCUGCUUGAGCCUAGUCCUUUAAUUAUUCUUCACCAAAUGAAAGCAGUGAGCAGCCAGAUUGCUGCUUGAGCCUAGCCCUUUCAUUUGAGAAGUACAGAGGAACACUCAUUUCAGGCUACUUGCUUUUGUGUUUACAAGCCUAUAAUCAUGAGAGCAUUGUGAUGUAACUUGUCACUUCCAGCAGAGAAGAAUAAUUGAAAGGUCAAGGUGCCAUCUCCUGCAGCUGUGUGAAGGACAGGUUGCUGGUGAAUCUCUGAGCCCAGGGAAAGAUUAAAACAUUCCAGUUUUAGUCCAUGGGUUAAUGUUCGGAAGUGCGAAGAAGAAACUGACCUGUGACUACAGUAAAUACGUACAAGAGUGUGUCUGUGCCAGUUGACUGGUUCUCUGAUGGGAUUUACAGUCAUGUAGAUGACAGCCACUUUACAGACUAAAUAACUAGUUCCAGUCUACAACUUCUGAACUCAAUUGCACCAAGUGCUGUUUAAAUAUAGUAAACAGAGAAGCAGAAUCAUUACAGCAGACAUGUAGAGGGUGUACAGCAUCUACAGUAAUCCAUCACUACAAUAGGUAGAAGCUAGCAAGUCACCACCAUGUUGCCAUACAGUAUUUUAACUUUCCUAGUCAUAUUGACUGUGCAGUGUGCACUGUCCGUGGACCAACCACCCAGAGUUACUCGACCACCAACCAUAAUGCCAGAAAGACAGAUGCAAGAUGUGAUAUACUUUGAUCCAGAAGGUACAUCUCCACAAGAGUUCCCUUGUAAAGCAUUAGGCAAUGAAACCAUUAAAUUUGAGUGGACCAAAAAUGGCAAACUGCUGAAAAUAGAUAAUUCCAAUUUUGAAUGGACCAAAAAUGGCAAAGUGAUUGAUUUAGAUGAUCCCAAGUACAUAUCCAAUACCACAAAAAAACCAAAGAUCGUUCAUAAGGAUAGACUGACAGGGACUAUAGUUAUUUCUGAGUUACGUGAAGAUGAUGAAGGUAUAUAUCAGUGCAUUGCAAGGAACGCAUACGGUGUUUCAAAAUCUAAAAAGUUCCAUCUUUUGAAAGCAACUAAGCGACCUUUUAGUGAUCCGACAAAGAGGACAAGAUAUUCUAAAAGGCCAGCAGACUUUUUAAUGAUCAGAUGUAAUCCACCGCAGAACACCCCACCAGGUAUUAUACGCUGGGUGCAGUACUCCGAUAACGGUAACGGAAAGAAUUACAUCGAUUUUGGUGACAGAAUUUCACAGGAUAAUGAAGGGAAUCUGUAUUUCGCAAAUGUACAAGAAGGUGAUGAGAAUGAGGGGGAGGAUUACACGUGUGAAGUACAGAUAAGGGCACUCAAUAUGUACAUAGAGGGCGCUUUCUCAACCAUAGAAGUUGAUGACAGCGGACCAGUCGAAGCACAGUUUCCUGUCGAGCUUAAAUACUUUUCUGAGCCUGAAGUUACUGGACUAAAGGGAAAAACUGUAACAUUCCAGUGUAUUUUUGCUGGCAAUCCAACACCUAGUAUCAAAUGGGUUAGAAAGUCGGGCGGUAAACUUGAUAAAAAGCGCAUGUUCCCAAAAAAUCAGAAGCUGACCAUUAAAAACGUACAGUAUGAGGACGCUGGAACAUAUGAGUGUAGGGGAGAGAACUCUGUUAUUCCAACUGCCAUUAAAAAAACCUUCAAGUUAGAAGUAGAAUCCAAACCUGUAUGGGUAGCAGAGCCUAAGAAGUUUGAUGCUGGUGUAGAAGAGCAGGCUGUGUUUGAGUGUAGUGCUGAAGGUCGACCAGAACCUGAAAUACAGUGGUUCAUCAACGGUGAACCUCUUGAAAAUUUGAAAGUUGACAGUCGUAGAAUAGAAAGUGCUGGACAGUUGCGAUUUAUGAAUUUGACAAGAGAUGAUGCUAAAGUCAUACAAUGCAAUGUCUCAAAUAGUCAUGGUUCACUGUGGGCAGAUGUGGCACUUAGCAUUAUGGCUUACAAGCCAGAGAUCAAGGCUAAGUUUGAUGAGAUCAAGGUAUCAGAAGGUAAAUCUGUCACUUUACCAUGUGAGGUAGAUGGCAAACCAACACCAAGUGUCUUCUGGAAAAGGAAAGACCAAAAAAUGGACGGGCCUGGUUAUAGGAUGAUGUCAACAGGAAACUUGACAAUUGAGAAUGCAACAAAGAGUGAAGAGGGUAAAUGGACGUGUUUUGCGGAGAACAGAUAUGGAAAGACUAAAUCUUCAGGAGAACUAAUUGUUAGAAUGAAAACAAAAAUAGAAAACCGCCCAUCCCCAUCAAAGCAGCAGAUAAAGUUUGGUACCACAACACCAUUUAGGUGCAAUGCCAUCACAGAUCCUGCAGAACAACAGAACCUCAAGUACACCUGGCUGAAGGAUGGGGAACCAAUAGAUUUCAAGAAUAACCCGAGAGUUAAGAAAACAGGAACUGGUAUAAUUGUUGAGGGUACAACAAGCGAAGAUACAGGGAACUACACAUGUGUUGCCAGUAAUGGUCUGGACUCAGAUUCUGCUUCAGCAGAACUUAAUGUUAUAGCACCACCAGACCCUCCUAUUGACGUCUCAUUCAGUGCAUGUAUGAGUCGUAGUGCAAUCGUAUCAUGGACUAAGGGAUUUGACAACUUUUCUCCCAUCACAAAAUACUAUGUUGAGUAUAACCAUUCAUUUGCUCCGGAUGUUUGGACAAGGGCUGCUGUUGUGAAAGACCCCACAAAGACUGAAGCCAGAGUCAAGCUAUCUCCACAUGCAAACUACACAUUUAGGGUAAUAGCAGAGAACCUGUUGGGUAAAAGCAAACCCAGUGAACGCAGUCUUGCUGCGUGUGAUGCCAACAGUGCAUUGCCAGACAAACACCCUUCCAACGUACACACAGACAGGAGCAGAACAGGAUGGCUUAUCAUUAAAUGGGAUAAAAUGCCGGAAAUAGAGCACAAUGGGCCAGGAUUCAGGUAUGACCUGGUCAUAAUGAAAAAUGGCAAGAAGAACACAACUGAAAUAUAUGACUGGACAGAGAAUAAGAAGGAAAUAUACAUCGGUUCUGUCUAUGAACCUUAUGAAAUUUUUGUUGACGCUGUAAAUGAAAUAGGACCAUGUAAUGACCCUGCAGUCGUACAUAUUGGAUACACCGGAGAAGCAGCUCCACUUACAGCACCAGGUAAUUUUGAGCUGGUCGGAAAUGCUUCUGCAAAGUCAGCAACAUUCCAGUGGGAUCCAGUUGACACGUCACCAGAAAUGAUUCGUGGAGAGUUCAAAGGUUACCAGAUUCGUUACUGGAAAGUUGGUGAGAAGAAUACCACAAUGCAAGUAGUAGAGGUGCCAAGAAGUCCACCACAAGAUACAAGAAUCAAAAAGCGUGCCGUUAAAGAUACUGCAACUGUGAACAGUUUACCUCCGUAUUCUGACCUUGAGGCGGACAUUGUCGCGGCAAAUACAUACUUUGUCUCCAAUGCCAGUAAUGUUAUCAGCUUCACUACACCUGAAGGAGUUCCUGGCCGAGUGAAAAAAGCCCGGGUUGUGUUACGUGGAUCCCACCACUUCCUCGUUGAAUGGGAGCCUCCUGAGGAACCCAAUGGUGUACUUCUCGGAUUUGAAAUUGGAUACAAAAAGGUUGAUGGUUUCAAUGUUGGUGAAAUACUUCAGACAAACAAGUAUGAUGAUCCAUAUCGUAGUCGCGCCUUUAUUGAAAAUCUUGAUGAAAAUCAGGAGUAUACAAUAUAUGUGUGGGGGCGGACCAAGCAAGGUCGAGGAAAAGAUUACUAUUUUGAUGCCAAAACUGCUAAUGUUGGUUCUUUGAUUGUCCCAGAGAUAGACAUAGUUUUGAUAGGUGAGGAUUUUGUAAAUGUUAGUUGGAGUGUCGACCCAAGCCAGGAUGCACCAGCUGGACAAUACCAUUACGUCAAGUAUAGGGAGAUAGGAAAAGUGGACUUUGAAGAAACAGAGAGGGAGAAGAUGAACACAUGGAUGAAUGUCUCAAAUCUUCAACCAAAUAAGCGGUAUGAGUUUCUGGUUGUCGCUGGCAACGAACAUGGAGAAACUCCCAGCGAUAUCAAGGAGGUCACAACAAAAGGAGAACCAAGUCCAUCAGUAAAGACGGAGACAAAUAUUGCUCAGGCACCAUGGUUCAUUAUCAUGAUGAUCCUUAUAGCUGUCCUCAUUCUCAUCCUCAUUAUUGUAUGCUUCAUCAAGAGAAGCAGGGGAGAGAAAUACAACGUUCAAGAGCGUGAGAAAUUACGAGGAAAUGACUUAGAAAAUCCAGAGAAAGAUAUGUUCAAUGAAUACCCGAAAAGUGGUGAAACAGACCCUCUAGCUGCAGGAAGUCCAGAUUCCUUUGACAAUGAUGAUCACAAAAUUCUGGGUGGAAGUGAGACAGACAGUAUGGCAGAAUAUGGUGAUGUUGAUCCAAGUAAAUUUAAUGAAGAUGGAUCAUUUAUAGGUCAGUAUGGUUCCCAAAAACCAGAUGAGAAGGGGAACCAGCAGUCAGCAAUGUCCACUUUUGUCUGACAAUGAACAUCAGGAAUGUUGCAGAAGUUACCAUGGAUACACAGAAUUAAGUCAGCUGUUGCCUAGCAACAAAUGCUUUGAGAGGAUUACUCAUUAUUGAAGUUUUCUUCAGUUCAUGGACUGCUGACUUUGUAAAAGGGUGUUACUUUUUCUUUCUUUCACAUAACAAAGACUUCACAAGUGGUAAUGGAAAGUUUUCACAAACAUCCUCAGACUGGUUAUAAGUAACUGUGCUAAGGAUGGUUCAGUGUGGGAAUAAACUCUGUGAACUUUAUGCCAUUUCUGUUUGCUCCAGUGCGCUUAAGUAAAUGUAAUGAAAGGAACUUAAACUUGACCUGGACUUCGUUAUUCUGUGUAUACACGUGUUGUAACUUCAAGUUGAGUGGAAUAAGAAAAUUUUGAUGUGCUUUAUGAAAGCAAAUGUGCAGCAUUCCUGGAUAUAGUUGUUGUGAACGUUGAUAUGAACGCAUAAUGUGCAAUUAACAUGACCAAAUGUCAUAUUUCCAUAGAGACAACCAUUUCCAUGACAACCAUUUCUAUUUAUAGACUUACAUUACUGUUGAAUUCCAUGUGCUUGCAAAUUGUUUUCAGUGUCAUACUUGUUGUGGUACAUUAUGUAACAGGACAUAUGUUAGUAUGAAUAACAGGAUACAUGUUAGUAUUAAAGUUGGUAUAUGAUGAAACAGGAUAAAUGUUAGUAUGAAAGUAAAAGUCUGUAACAGUUGAUUGCAGAUAUAAACAUGUAUUUAAACCCUUUUUAUGAUUUUGAGCAAGAAAACUUUUAAAGAUUAUUGCCAAUAUCUUGCUGUUGAACACCUUUUGUUAUAGCAUUUAAAAUAUUGUGUAUGACAUUGUUUGGCUAAAUAUAAAAAAAAAUAAAAUAAUAAAAGUGAUGCAGCCGGCUUCACUGUACUUUACACUAGAAUUUACUUCAGUGUAUUUUACAUUGACUCGUAUUAAAAUUUACAUUCUUGUAUUUUACAUUGAAGUUUACUUCAUAUUGAAAAUAACUUCAUUUUAUUUUACAUUGAACAUCACUUCGUUUGCAAGUUCAUUGUAUUUUACGUUGAAGUAAACUUCAUAUUGAAAUCUAGAUCAUUGUAUUUUACACUGAAGUAUGCAUCAUUGUGUAUUUCAAGAUAUAUUUGGAAAUGCAAAGAAUUAAAAAUACUUUUUCAAAUUAAUUGCUAGCAUUAAUGCUGAAUAUUUGUGUUUCAAGUUAUCCUUUGAUCAACAUUUACUUCCUGAUAUUCAUUUAUUGAAAGAUUGUUCACUGAGAGACUGAUCAUUUUUGAAAGAUGAAAUACAGUAUAUGUGAAUGAGGGGAAGUUAUAUAGUGCUGAUGUAUUAUGCAUGAAAUUUGAAUCAGGUCUAUUGUUGAAUGUUAAGUUUUGUUUACUUUGCUUACUCAUUGUAUAUUUUAUCAUCUGCUGUGUCUGUUACAAAUCCUAUGUGUCCUACACUUGGUUUAACUUGUAUAUGGUAUAUUAAUUGUUGUUGUGAUAUCAUAUAUGCUAAGUUGAAAAAUGUCAAAAAUAACCUUUUAUUAAUAACAAAAUGUUACAAUUCUGAAACCCAAUGACUUUUCUAUUCACAGGUUAAGUGUUAAGCCUUUCAUAAAUAUUCACUCUCACCAUAAAAAAAAUCAGUUUGGUAAAAUAAUUAAAGGAAACUGGUAGUUACUGUUAUACCUGCCACAAUAUUCUGGUAUUUUAAUUGGUUAAAAGGUGGUCACAUGGUAUCCAAUUAUAUUGUAGAUUUUCAGGUCAGUUUAGGCUAAAAAUAAGUGGCCUUACCCCCACUCCCACCACCCUUCCACCAAUCAUGCUGACCCCACAUGUUUCUGUGGAUUGUCACUAACAAAUCCAAAUAUUAAUUUUAUAUUUUAUACAGAAUUUCAACUUCUUAACAAAUUGUUAGAUAAAAUAUUGGGUUUGCAGAUUUGUAUGUUAAAACGUUUAAUAGUUAUUUUACUUUUCAUGAAAUUUUAACCCUUAUGAUGCUAGACACUAUUGAUUAUGCCUUUGCAACCAGUGUAGAUCAUGAUCAGCCUGCACAUCUGUGCAGUCUGAUCAAGAUCUGCACUGUUCGCCAUACAGUCAGUAUCUUUUUGGUAAGCACUCCUUUUAACAGUUAAUGGCACGGACCAAACUGAAAGAUGGACAAGUUCAUUAUAGAAAUUUAGCAGGGUAGGGGUUAAAGUCUAGAAAAGACAAUUAAAGACAAGUGUUUAAGAAUAUAUCAUAACAGUUUAGAUUUUACUUGAAAAAUAUUAUGCCCAUGUGAAUAAUAUGUUAACAGAUAGACAAGAAGUGGGAAACUUGUUCAGUUGUUUGAGUACCUACUUAACAUUCUGGUCUUGAACAAUAGGAGUGAUGGACUAUGGGACAAUAAUGUUCAGACUGAUUUAACAGCAUGACUAAUUUAGCGAAGCAAUAUUAGACCUCCCAAUAGAUUAAUAGUUUACAUUGUUAUCUCAUCUAUUUAGCACAACUGUUUUAUAUAAAUGAAUGGUCAUAGCUUUAACAAGUCAUAUUUAUACAGCUUAAUGAUAUUUUUAUUAUGCAAUUUACCAUAAUUGCCCAGUUAAGGUGCCUGAUAAUUUGGUGAUUAAAAAUACCCAGGUUCAGUCGUCUUUUAGAAUUUCUUUUUCUUGAAAGUAAGAAAGAGCCGAAACAGAAAACCACCAAUGCAGUAGUGAGGAAAUUAAAAUUUGCCAUAAAUAUUAAGAUUAACUUUGGUUUUGUAUUAACAUGCUUUUCUGUAGUUUGUCUAAUAGAUUAGAAUGCAUGUAUGCUACCAUUUCUUGUACAUACCCUUGUCCAUAUACAGUUGUUAGUGGUUUCCAGCAGUGGUUGCCUAAACAAAUGUAAACAAAAAUUCAAAGUUAGCAUUGAAGGAAAAUCAGUUUUCUGAAAGAUUUUUUAUAGUGCAACUUUGAGGCACAGGGGAUUGAUUCAGACAAAAUUUAAUAAUUCAGUGGGUUAUUUAUUUAUAUUUACAUUCACCAUAUUCUUUCCGUUGAAAAUUAUGACGUUUAUUUCGUAUGUACACAAUAAAAGGAAAGGUGCAAAAGUUGUGUCAGCGCUGCUUAGUGAUAACGGGCCGCUGUUUUGACGAUGUCCGCGUAUAGUCGGGGAGAACGUUCGUUAAAUGAUUUGCAGCUGUUCUGUCGGGUGAACAGAAUGGCCAGGAAGCUGGUUUUAAUGUUAAAUGCGUCAAAAUAUAUGCAGUUUUUUUAUAUGAUCUUGUUUACAAAUGGAAAGUAAAUACAAUGUAAAUAUAAGAAAUUAAACUUUUUUUUCGGUGUUCAUGUGAAAUGAACAACAGAAUAGGAUUGGCAAAUCCAUGAACUGCCCUUUGAAUUUCAUGUUUUCCUCUAAUAUGUUGCAAACUGUUCCUGAUGUUCUGUUGUGAUUAAAAAAGUGGUAUAUGUAUGUUGUUUAUUUAAAAAGGUAGGAAGUUGCCGUUUAUCCUUUUUCACUUUAAGGGGUAAAUCUCUGAUAGGGUAUUCAUUGUGGUAUUCUUGACUGUGCCUAGAAAGUUGUUUCUCUUUGUAAUGGUUUAUCACUGUCAAAGUAAUGUGUUACACUAUAUGUAGAGAGCGCAUGUGACCAUUUAAAACAAUCUCAGCCUCAGUUCAAUGCAAAAAAUGAUAUAUGGUGUCAUAUACAUGACCUAAUGUUUGUUUUGUGAAUUAUCUCUUGAAAAAAGUGCAACUUUGGCAUUUUAACUGAUUUUUAGGCCAUCAUGUGAACUAUAUAUUUAGUUGUUUUUGCUUAUUUGUGAAGUACGAUCAUUUGUCUUUGAUGAAAUGGAUAUCAUCAUGAAUACAGUUGACACUGGGCAUCUCAAAUUUGCAAAUCUCACAAGUCCAGCUGUCUCAAAUUAAUGUUCAGGUACUUUCAAACAGCAUUUUGUGAAAACACCACUAAAUAUUUUUAAGUCUAAUUAUCUUGAAGUAAAACAUUCUAUCUCUUUUAUUUCAAAAGACUGAGUUUCUGCUGAAUAUGGACAUCAUUUUCAAGUACAAAAUUGAAGAACUCCAGAAAAAGAUACACAGAGAAGUGCGUUAUUGUGUAUCUUCAUCCCAGUUCAUCAACCACUUGUCAGUAUGCAAGAUGUUUUUUUUGCCAUGACAACACUCAUUCAAAUUGCCUGAUGUAAUAUUGACAUUACUUGCAAAUAGAAACUGAUGCUGUCAACAGUAUACAUGUGUAAAUUUUGGGCAGUAGCUCAACUGAGAUAUUGAAAAAUGCCUGCUAGAUACACGUGUAUUUUUUUUUUUGCCAUAAGGAAAAAAUGGAGCUGAUAUGAGUGUCCUUACGUUGUAUGGAAAGUAAAUGCUUUCAAUUAAAUAUGACCAUUAUAGCAACAUGAAACCUUGGAGCAAAAUGAUGGUAAUUUUUUGGUUUUUUUUUUUCUUUCUAAUUUUCUAAGAUCCUGAUUUUUCUGCAAAUAUACCAUGCAGUCCUUUAAAUAUGAAAAAUUCAGAAGUAUGAGACAUUGUAGUAUUGUCGGGUUUCUUUUAAUGUGACAAUUCACAUGUAUAAUGCAUUGUAAAGGGAUCUUAGGUCCCUUUUGAUAUGACAGUUCUCAAGUAUGAUACAUUGUAAAGUGAUGUGAGGUCCCUUUUAACAUGACAGUUCACCAGUAUGAUACAUUGUAAAGAUACGUGAGGUCCCUUUUAACAUGACAGUUCACAAGUAUGAUACAUUGUAAAGUGAUGUGAGGUCCCUUUUUACAUGACGGUUCACAAGUAUGAUACAUCGUAAAAUAAUGUCAGUGUCCAAUCAUUCGCUUAUUGUUCUGUAUGUCUGGAAUUUCAAUUUAAUGUCCUGUUUUUGACUAAUGUGCAAUAUUUCCAUAUUCUUACAUAUAAAAUAUGCUUCAUACCAAAUAAUGUGUACCGCUCUAUACAGUGAUGCUUGUGUAUUUUCACAGUUUAUCUUUGAUAUUGUGUAUUGAUUUAGUGUAUGUGCUUUUUAUAUAAGUUUAUUUUAUUUUUUUAUAACAUUCCAUUUUUAAAGCUUCGUUGAUUAAUGUCUUCAUGUAUAGAGUUAAUGUUCAAAUAUUUGAUUUUGUUAAUGAAUCUUAAGAAUUUAUUGUUUUGAACUUUGAAGAUGUUUUGUUUUGUAGGAAGAGAUUAUUUCCCCCAGAAACAGUUCUACAUAUACACUUAUAUAUAUAUCUUACUGUCUUCUGUGUCCCAGAUAUAAGAUGUAGAAAGAUGUAGAAUAAGAACAAUUAAGCCCUGUUCAUCAUAUAAAUGUAAAGGGACACAGAAAUGGUGGUGAUGAUCCUCAGAUUUCCUGAUUUUAAGAUCAAAUUUUAAAGUCAGUGUUUUAGGACAUAGUAAAAUAGAAAAAAAGAACACAUUUAAAGUCUUAGAAGGCAUUAUAAAAGAUAACGUUACAAUUCUCCAUCCCUGCUGGUAAAGUUCUACAAUGGACAUAUACUUUGUUCCAUUGAAAUACAACUAUAAAACUUGCUAUUCUGAACAAAACUAUUUUAUUUUUUUUAUAUGAUAACAAAUAAAAAAGUAUUUUAUGUUCAGAGAAGGGAAUACUUUUAAUAGAUUCUCAGUAUUUAUAAGACAAAAUAAUCAGUAAGUCAAUAGGUAUUUGGUUAUCUAAGUUUAGAACAUAGCUGAGAGCUUUAGGCUCAUUGUCCAGAGGUCAUGUGAUCAUUACACAAAUUUGGACACUAAAUACUGAGAAGUGAUUGGUCUUCUGCCCCUGUAUCUUCUUGUCACUUACUUUACAAAAUUUUAUUGGUAAAGACACUCAUGUUUUGAACUCACUGAAAAAUUGUCAAAUUUGGAAAAUGUCAAGAGACAGAUAUUGUGGAUGAUUAAGAACAGAUUUCCCAUCAUGAAAACUUUUUUAAAAAAAAUAAGCAUUUCAAGGGUGUAUAACUAAUUACAACCAAGCUGAUGUUCAUUAGGUACAAUGUACAUGUAACAUGUACAAAAUGUUAUUACACUUUAAUACAACUUAGCAAAAUAAUAGCAAUUUUUGGUUUCAUGAGCAGUAAUGAAAACUGUUAUUAAUACGGUAACAUUGAAUGGACUUUUUUAUCCUUAAUCCUUACCCUGCUAUAUUUCUAUAAUGGACUGGUCCAUCCUUCAAUUUGGACAAUACCAUUUAUUAUUCAAAGGGGUUUGCACUGAAAAUUUACUGACUGAAUAGCGACAGUGCAGACCAUGAUCAGACUGCACAGAUGUGCAGGCUGAUCUUGGUCUGCACUGGUCGCAAAGGCAGAAUCAUCUGCCGCCAGCAGGCUAAGGGUUAAGGACCAGAAAUGUAUUACUUUUGCUAUGUUGGAGAUACUGGUAGCAGUUUCAGGAAAUCACAGAGAAAUCCACAGCUGUGUACAAAUCACUGUUUGUUGUAAUGUUAUAUUUUAACAUUUUACUAGUCAUAUAUGUUUUUGAUUUAACAGUUGAGUUUACUCUCAUUUAUAAUUAGAACAUUUAUAUUUCAUGAUUAAAUAAAUUAAGAAUACUUUUAAU